GCUGGCCGCCCCGCCCACUGCCUCGCGCCGCCCGUGCCGGGAAGCGGCGAGCGGAGCCGUGAGCCGCUAUGGCCCUCCGGCAGCCGGAGCUGCCUCGCCCCGUGCUCCGCUGGCUGCUGAGCCUCGGCCUCUCCGUCAGCCCCCGGAACUACCGCAGGGACUUCUCCAACGGGUACCUGGUGGCGGAGAUACUGUCGCGCCGCUUCCCCGCCCACGUCCAGCCCGACGCCUACAGGAACGGCUGCUCGCUGGCCGCCAAGCUGAGCAACUGGUCCCGGCUGAGGCGGUUUUUCGCAAAGCAAGAGUUCGACAUCGCCCAUGAGCUGAUAGAGGGAACGAUUCACUGUAAGCCCGGAGCGGCAGAGAGUCUGCUGCGAAAGCUCUGCGCCGCGCUCACCAGCAGCCGAAUUGAAAGUCUUCAAGACAGGCAGGUCAACUUCACGGACUGCUGUUACCAGGCACAGUUACCAGUGGCUGCCAGAGCAACAGCUUCCACGGCCAUCAAGAGUAACAUCAGGUUGACAGAGGUGCUGGCAGAGCCCAGCAUCUGCAUCAACAGACAGAAGGCUAUUGCCAUCAUUAACAUGCACACAAGAAUGAGGAUGCAAGAGAGAGCAGAGGAUCCACGGCGGUUUAACAUUAAACCAAGUUUUGGACAGCGUGUAGUUCACCAUUUGGAUUGCAUCACACCCUCUACAAAUACAGCUAGUACCCCAAAGAAGCGUUUGUUACCUCAUAUUCAUCGGAAACCAGAGACAAAACACAUUCAUUCUGAAGAACUUCAGGAGAAACAAGCUGACAACUCCUCUCUCAGGAGAGAGAUUUGGAAACUUCCUGGAUACCACUGAAAAGAUUAACCAGAGGGAUAUGGAACUUUUAAAUACAAACUCUAUCCCAAUUACAAUUGUGUUGGCUGUAUAACCAAUAAAGAGAAAUCUAAGUUCA